GCAUAUAUCCGAAUCCGGCUGUUCAGUGAAUUGUUUGAAGCGUUUUAAAAUUUGAAGUUGAAUGCAAGAAAGCGGAGUCUUAUGCGAACGGUCAUUUCAUCGCUUGAAGUAACGGCACAAAGCGUCUGAGAUAAAAUUAGGAAUCCUUUGUAUAGGAGAAAGCAGAUUGAAGUGAACAAAAUUUGGAUUUGAUUGUAACAGUUUGUGGUUUACACUGUAUAUAUUGAAUAUGGGAUUAGGAUUUCAUUUCAUUUUACCUUCUUAGAUUUCUUUGAGCUAUGUAGUUUCUGAUUCUAUCCAGUUUGGGCAAAAUUGUGUGGUUUUUUCUCGUUCGACAUUUGAUCAUGUUUAAGUUUGAAGAGAUUGAUUUCAGAAGCACACUGAGUAGCUAUUCAGAUUUCAGAAGCACACUGAGUAGCUCCUUUUUUUAGUGCUUGGGAGCCUCACAUGAUUUUUCCUAACGGAAAGGUAACCCCUAAAAGCUUUCGGUGUGGGUAAAUUUUCUACAGGUUCUUUGUCAAGUUCUAUGAUAAUUAGAGAUAAAUUGGAGUUCCAGCCACGGGGAUGAAGAAGCUUUUCUUUUUCAGAUCAAAUUCAUCUAGCAAAACUAACGAUGAUCAGCUCUCCCCACCGACAGAUAAGCAAGUUUCAUGGGAAAAACCACCGGAAAGAGCGGACAUGUCUGCUAAUAACAAGCAUGAAGAUUGGGAAUCUCCCAGCUCUCCUUGUCUAAGAAGAAGCCUCUCCUUCUCAUCUGGAUCUCCUUAUGAUGCUGGUGGAAAGGGGCAUAGAAAUGAAGGUGACCGAUUUGAUACUCCUCAUUCAAACAAACAACCGGGACAAAACUCCUCCCGCUCUCAUACUCUCACUCCUGAGAGGCAAUGCAGGAGAAGAUUAGCUGAUGCAGCCAUGAUCAGAAAUCCUCUGAGGGUUGAGAAAUUCGAUUCUGUUCCCAGAGCAUGCUCUGAUACAUCUGAGAUCUCUUCAAAUUGCUCUAGUAGUGUUUUGGAUCGAUACAUCGAUGGAGAGCAACAGAUGGGAAGGUGUGAAUCACAACCCAAUUCAUCAAAGGGCAAUCAGCUUCGAACUGAAAACGCGAUCGGCAAGAGGCCGCCAAGAAUUCAGUAUCCGAUGGCAGUCAAUCAAAAACCAAAAUCUCAGUCCUUCCGAAAAACCAAAGCAUAUCAAUCUUCAGACAAGACAAGAACAAGAGAAGUCCAUCCCGAUGGUCCAAUCACCAUUCAAGAUGUGUAUGGAAGAACCUUCAAUAGGUGUUCUAAUGAGGAAGAAGAUAUCAAAUUCUUCAAAAACAAGUAUCCUUACAGUGAUCCAGACAUGGCAGGAAAUCCCGAUUUCGAACUACUUAAAAUGUACAAGGAAGCCGAGGAAAGAGCUGCUAUUCUCUCCGAAGAGCUCGUAAAUGGAACCUUUCUCCAUCUCAACGAGCCGAGCCUGCCGACCAUGAUUCAGACUAUUCAAAGCUUAACAGAGGAAAAGUUAAACAUGGCUCUAGAGAUCACAGCUAUUCUAGACGACAGAAUUGCAGAGAAGGCAUUGUUCACGGAAAAACUAAAUCUAUUAAGGGUCGAAUCCGAGGCAAGAACCCGAAGACUAGAGAUGGAAAAAACCGAGCUGCAGCGAGUACUCGAAACAGAACUGGACAGAAGAUCAACUGAUUGGUCCCUUAAGCUUGAAAAAUACCAAUCAGAAGAACAGAGACUUCGCGACAGAGUACGUGAGCUAGCCGAGCAGAAUGUUAGCCUCCAAAGAGAAGUUUGUUCCUCGAAUGCAAAGGAAAACCAACUCGGGAAUAUUGCUAUGCAAGCUAAGGAAGCCAUGGAAGAGAAUCAUUAUUUGCAUAAAACUCUUUCCGAAACGACGGAAAAAACUCGCGCAGCAGAAGAAGAACGAGACUGCAUUCGACGGAACUACGAGGGGAUGAUUACCGAGUGCAAAGAUAUGCACCAAUCAAUCUGCCGACUCCAAAGAAUCCGUAACGAGCAAGAAAAAACCAUUUCCGGACUUCGGGAGCUUUGCGACGCCGUCGGAAGCAAAAACGAGCUUGAAAAAAUCGAAAACCUGAGGAUCGAACAUAUGAGACUAACAGGAGUGGAGCAUGCAUUGAGAAAAGAAGUAGAAGAAUGUCACCUUCAAGUGAAUUCCCUCCGGAAAGAGAAUAUCGACUUACUCAAUCGCCUGACGACGAAAAACGGGAAUACAUUUUCAACCUUUAAGUUGGAUCAAGAACUCCGAAAUCGCAUCGGUUUCUUGCAAGAUAAAAUGCUCCCAUUUCUUACAGAAAGCAGCCAGCUCGGCGAGAAGCUGCUCGACGUUGUCAAAACCUCUCCACGGGACACAAAUAGCGAAUUUCUCGUCGAAUGCGAAGCGAAGAUUCGAGGUCUUCGCCGAGCAACUGAAAACUUUGGCGUCAGUUUUCAGACAUUAUCCGGUGUUCUUCAAGAGAAGUCAGGUCAUUUAACAGGUAAGUCUCGUUCAAUCGUCGCGGAUAAUUCAACACUUGUUGUAGAUGAUGAUUCACACAACCUAAACAAGAAGAAUUCGGAGGACGUAAUAAGAUCUGCAUUGAAGGCAGAAACUUUACUUACGAAUCUGUUGCGCGAUAAGCUUUAUUCUAAGGAACAAGAAAUGGAACAGCUGCGAGCAGAACUUGCUGCAGCUGUAAGAAGCAAAGACAUUCUCGACUCCACGGUGGAUGAUAUGUCGAUCAUGAGCCACAAAAUGAAGGACUUUGAACUUCAGGCGAUGAGAAAGGACGAGACAAUAAGUCAGCUACGAGACGAGCUGCAAGAGUGGAAGAACGAACUGGGCAUAGUGAGGGGAGUAUUAGCAAAGGUGUCGGAGGAGAGGGACAUGAUGUGGGAGAAGGUUAAACAUUACGGCGAGGACAACAUGCUGUUGAGUGGUGAAGUCGACGUGCUGAGAAAGAAAAUAGAGGCCCUCGACGACGAGAUAAUGCUGAAAGAAGGUCAGAUUAGCAUACUUAAGGACAGCAUGAGUAGACCUUUCGAUCUUCUCACAAGCCCGGCGUUGGAGGCACAUGGCACGUGAACCCUCACUGCCAAAAAGGUACGCCUGUUAGUUAUUUCUUAUUUAAAGUCUUCCUCUUUUCUUAAGAAGAAAGUUUGAUUUGAUGAUAGUAAUAAUAUAAUUAAGAAUUAUAUAUAUAUAUACAUGUAUAUAUGAGAUUUGUUGAUUUGUUUGAGGGAGUUGAAGGGUGGUGUUCUUGGAGGAAUAGUGGAGAAAGAUGGUGAAGAAAUUGUCAAUAAUGUCAAUUAUUAAAGAACCUUAUAGUGAUAGAGUGGUCGAUUUACGAUGAAAAAAUUAAGUACACAUCAUAUAUAUAUAUAUAUAUAUAAAAUACAACAUAAAAACUUGACAAUACUAUCAUAUAGUCACACACACAUGGCAUGCAAAGCUCAUUUUAGCACAUAAGUUUUCAUAUAAAAUGAUGCAAGUUUAAUUGAAAAUAAUAAUUUAAAGAUGAUGAUAUUUUAAUAUUACAAUAAAAUAGGUAAAGAAAUAAAAUAAGAGUUAUAAAAAAAUUAUUAAAAAUUGAAAAAGA